AUGCAGUCCUCCAAGAAGAAGCGCACCAACGACGGCGAGCUCACCAGGGACAACUUCGCGUCUCUGGACGACAACGGCGGGUUUGAUGAAGAUCCAGGCACUUUCGCCAGGGCAUCGGCGGGCCAGCUCCGGAAGCGGCGCAUCGUGCGCGUGCGGCGCAGCGGCGCGCAGGCGGAGGGCGCCGGGCCAGCCGUCGAGGAUCGGCGCAAUCCCUUCGCGGGGAUCAGCCUGACGGGCGCGGCCGCGGGCCCCGGCGACGAUCGCGGGGACGUGUCGGCCGGCCCGAUGGCGGGGGGGGAGGGCUCCGCGGGGGCCACGCCGUCGGCGGAUGCUGGCGCCGGGCAGGCAGAUAAUAGCGGAACUGGCAUGGGCCAUUCAGAAGGUGCUGUGACACCUGAAAAGUCGAAAGUCGAGAAUGGGGCUCAGGUGUCUGAUGCCUGUGCUGGGCCCACUCCAAUGUUGGGGACUGACGAGACUGGAAUGGAUCCAAAGAGAAAGCGCGAGGAAGGAUCUGAUGGCAAAGGGUCGGCAGCAGAAAAAGGUCCAAAUGCUGUUGAAGAGCCAGCAAACAAAAAGGGAAAGGUGGAAGUUGACACUGUUGGGCUUGUCUCUCCAAGCCCAAGCACGGGUGAUGGAUCCACCCCCUUUGCUGCCUUUGCUUCCUCAGCAUCACCAUUCCAAGGCAUGGCUUCCGGAACUGACUUUGGGAACUCCAACAUCUUCUCUGCCCCGCCGCUGAACCUGGGAUCAGGGACAGCGCCGGCCUUCAGCUUUGGCACCCAGAUCGCACCCCUGCAGAGUGUUGAAGGUGCUGGCCUGCUUGCGAAAACUCCCAUGGGGGGAGGAGCGGGCAAUCCAUCAGGUUCAGUGACUCUGUCGACAGAUGGGACCGGUGGACAAAGCCUACAGAACAAACCGCUGUUCUCAAGCGGCCCUGCGGCAAAACUGCCGCAGCAGGUGAAGGUGGUCACUGGGGAGGAGGACGAGAGCACCGUGUUUGCUGCAAAGGGCAUCCUCUAUCAGAUGGAUGGUCAGACAUGGAAAGAAACCUGCCGCGGCGAGCUGCGUCUGAACGUGCAGGAGAAAAGGUCAGCACGCUUGGUCAUGCGGCAGAAGGCCACCUUGAAGGUGUGUCUGAAUGCGAACCUGUACGCGCAGAUGCCCGUGAGCAUGAUGGACAGGUCCAGCGGGGUGGUGUUCCACUGCGUCAACUGGGCAGACGAGAAGGACGAGGAGGGAGGGGGUGCAGAGGGCAGCCAAGGGACGGCGUCGAAGGGCAGAGGAGGAUCCCCAAAGGUGUAUGCUGUGCGAUUCGUGGACAAGACGGACUCUGGGGCAGCUCUUGCUGAGAGCUUCAUGCAUCUUGUCAACAUGUACAAGGGCAAGGUGGCUGGCGGUGGCCCAUCAGCGCCCCAGGAGUAG